GGAAGUUCCUUUUAUUUUGUCGUUUCGUUGUGGUAGUGUAGAGAUAUACGUGUUAUCAAGAUGUUCUCUUGACCGAGUCUUUAAUAUCGGCCACGACACAAAAGCAGUGCAGACAACACGUUAGCUUAUUACAACCGUUUGUUUCCAGGGGAUAAUUAUUAGAGACGGACUUGUAAACAUUUGAAGCGUGGUUCGUCACUGGUUGGAAAAUCACUAGUAGCACGUUGCUGGGCUCUGUUAGCUUUCUUCUACGUGGACGUUACCGGGGAAUGAGUCCAGGAAAUGUGAUGUGAGCUGGGUGUAGCAAGGGAGCUGAAACUCAGAGACCUGCCUUGCCUGCUCUGUCAUUCACCGGUUACAGAGCACCGAUUACAGAGGGGAUAUGAAAUUACUCUUUCUAGCCUGCCUCAGCCCCAAAACAGGGAACUAUACUACAGCCGAGAGAAUAAGGUCUCACAUUGAAUCAGCAGGACACAGCUGCGAGUUAAGAGAUGUGGCAGAUUUUCACUCUCCCUCUGACUUGGCACAUCUAGUAUCCCAAAAUCCUCCGUUUGAGGGUGCGCUGGCAAUUCAUCUUUUCAAAGCUGGCAGACUCCUCCUGGACCUUCGUUUACCCUUCGGAGUCAUUUUUGGCGGAACGGACAUAAAUGAAGAUGUGAAAGAUGAGCAGAAGCGUGUGGUUAUGGAGCAGGUGCUGCUGAAAGCCAGGUUUGCUGUUGCUUUCACUGAAAAACUAAAAGAAGAGGCAGAAUUUGUUUUGGUGUCACCCGACAGUAAAAUCUAUGUCCAGCCUCAGGGCAUCCAGACAGAAGUGGCUGAACAAUUUUGUUGGACUGAAUUCUUGAGGAGCUCAGGUGUGAGGACGGAGUGCUUAGAUGAACUGCGUGUCUUCCUGUUGGUCUGUGGUCUCAGAAGAAUCAAGGACCCUCUCUAUUUGGCAGACGUUUUUUCAGAGUGGCAUUCAAAGAACCUUCACAAUAUCCUGAUCAUAAUCGGGCCAAAGGUUGACCCUGCACUCACUGCUGAAGUGGAAGCAGUUGUUAAACGGGCCACCGGGGUCUUCCUGGCGCAGGAGAGGAGCCAACAGGAGCUUCAUGCCGCCAUGAAAAGGUGCUAUGCCGUAGUCAACAGUUCUGUGUCAGAGGGCAUGUCAGCAGCCAUCUUGGAGGCAAUGGACCUCAGAGUACCUGUUCUGGCGAGGAACAUACCAGGAAACGCAGCUGUGGUGAAGCAUGGAGUCACUGGGCUGCUGUUCUCUUCUCCUCAGGAGAAAGACUAAAGGCAAUGGUGGUGAUGGCUAGCUCACUGACGUCGAAGCGCUGAAGUCAUAAAAAGGCCAUUGUCCCUUUGGGAAGUCAAGGAUGGAGCUGAGCUGAGAGGAGGAGAGGUAAUCACCAGGUCAACACACAGUUGACAGGGCGAGGAGAGAUGAAGCCUGAUUUCUCUGCUCAAGCAUGUCCUUCCAAAGGAAGCUGUAACAUUUCAAGCGUGGUCAAACACUAGUAGAAAUGGACUGAAAAUGAGCUGUGGUGUUUAGUCUGAAGUGUUGCUGCCCUUCACCAGAGGAUGAAACAUAACCAGUCAUGAACUGAAUGUGGUGUCCUGAUCUGUAUUUUCUCUUAAAAAAAAUACUUCAUCUUUGAAGCAGGGGAAAUCUUUUUAACUCCUUUUUGAUAACUGAUAACUUUAAGAUUUGUGCAGCAUGUUCAUUCUUAGCUUGACACCCAUCUGUGCUAGGUUUAGUGUUCUUUAACUUAAAAAUUAAUGACAGAUUUAUUUUUAAAUGGAAGAUUGUAAUAUUGUGGUAAACGCAUUACCUCUUGCAGUUCUUAAUUUAAAAAAAAAAAACUUAAAGUACAAAAUAAACAAAAAAAUACUCAAGGACAAGAAAGCAUAGAGUGGCUGAAACUGUACUAGACUGGUAAGAACCAGCCCAUUAUUUCACUCUUUGCUUCAAACAGAGAGUCCAGACCCUUGACUAUAGAGAAACAAUUGCUUGCUGGCAAACAAGCAAACAUUAGUUCAUGCUGUGACCUGUUCAGUGCUACCCAUUUAACCAAUAACACACAGGUAUUUAACCAAUAGUACAUAUAUAUUAUUGGUUAUAUGGGUAACCAAUUUAACUCAGAGAAUGACCACCUGAAUCCCAUUAAACAUUUAUGUGAAGUGUGUGAGAACCAAAAAAGCUACUCAGCUUACACUGAAUAAAAAUGAUAAGCCAUUCAGGAAACAGGCUUUUCAAAAAUUAUGACAUGUUAACUAUGCUGGUUUAGUUCAUUUAUCUGCUUUAAAUAUUUUAGUGUGAGGACUUUAAGUGCAUUACGACUUCCAGAGCGACACAUUUAUGUCUCUUGGACUGCACAAUGAAGGAUCAUCAUUACAUUCAUCAAAUCAAUCCGGUGCAUGGCGUGAUUAGCCCUAAAACUUUAAUUAUAGCUGUUCAUAACUGAACCAGACAGAUGAGAAAGGCAAAUAUUUUAUGAUACGAAGGUGUUUGAGUAAGUUUAUGCACUAACAUCUACUUCUAAAAACGCAUUGAGUGGAUAAAGAGGAGACAUUUGGUCAAAUUUGUACCUGAAAUCAGUGGCAAAUAAAAUGGCCUUGAAAUCCAGGCCUCCUGUUUAAAAUGAAGCAAUCUAGUUCUGCAAUCCUGUCCUGUUCUUUACAGACCCAUUUACUAUGUUUAACUUGGCCUUCAGCAAAACCCUCAUAUGUGCCAUGAAUAGAACUUAAAUAAUAGAAUAAUAUUUGUAGGAAGUGCUACAAGAGGGACUAGCCUCUUUAAAUUAUCUAUUAAAUCAAAAUUAAGGACACAGUUUUAUGUGCUUUUUAUGUAUGAAAAUGAGGCAGACAGAUAUGCGUCCCUGGACUCCAGAACUUGUUUAAAUGAGACUGAAAUAUGCAAUGUGAGCUUUCUACCCCCCAUCUGUGCGCUAAAGGGUCUGUCAGAAAAAGUUCUACCAUCGCUUUUUUUUCUUUUGAAGACUGAAACAGAAGCUGAUGUUUCUUUGAGCCAAGUAGAAAAUCUCAUGUUUGCCCCUCAGCCUAUAGUCAGACUCUGCUCAACCAGUAAGAUGAACUAUGUCACUUGCAAAUCAGGAUACUGUAGCAUCUGAACCAAAGCACCCCAGCACCAAAGUGUUGGAACUGCAGGACGAUGCAAAGAAAAUAUAUGUUCUCCGUAUUUUUAGGAAUUACUCUAAAACUCAUGUUGCUUCCCUCAAACUGUUUGUUUGGUAGAAGUUUCAUGAAACAAGUGACAAAUAACCAAGAUUCAAUAUUGUUAUUCAAACAGCUGUAAUGUUUAGUGACAGGGGAUUAUAUCAUGGAUUAAUUAUAGAGGUAGUGUAGCAUGAUAAAGAGGCCUGAGGCACCGAAAUAGCAGCAUAUGAAGCAGCUGUUAAGGAUCAGAGAAUGACCACAUAUUGUACGGCAGAACAGAGCGGAACAACACGGAAGAGAGGCAUCAGCUAGCUGACAGUCAGCAACGCAAGGUCACAGUCUGCUGAAAAUAGAAGCCAUUUCCUAAACAAAAACCCAAGCAUAUUCAGACUUCUGCAUAUGCAUGCCAGACAGGAAUGGAUCACAGCAAAGUGCAUUUCAUGAUAUUUUUAUGCGCCGAUUCUCAAACGCAGCCGAAGCGUUGGCAGUUAGCGGAGAGGCUGCUGUCUGUAAUGUUGACGCUGGUUCUCGUAAUGAUCAGGGGUGACACGAAAGCUGUCAUCUCACUCACCAUCACAAGAGGAGCGAGGCCAACAAAGUCUCUCUGAGUUGUAUAAAUCCUCAUGGCUCCUUCAGUCUUGGCGACAGUUUUGGGUGCAGACGGCAGCUCCAGCUUCCAUAUGAUCACCUGGCUGUCAACGGGACUGCUCAGUUCUUCAACCUCAAAGUCCAUCUGAAGCACCUCCAGCAGACUGCUUUCAAGUCUGGAUGAGAAAAAAAAAAGUUGGGAAGAGCCUAUAAAUGCAAUGUUUAAAUGGACAUAUGGACAAAUAGUAAAAAAAAAAAAAAAAAUACAGAUACAUUCUUUUAAAAUUCAGGAUUUAAUUACUGAUAUUACAUGGCAUAAAACUUUAUAUGAACUCCUUCCCGGAUCCCAACAUUUGGUAGCUCCAUAUAAGGAAAAAGGCUUGAAGAACCAUCUUUGGAUUCAUCAAGUUGAAGAAAGGACUAAAAAUGACUUUAAGUUUACUUUAUCAUUCAGGAGUUUUAAAAUCAAACAAGAUAAAUUAGGCAUUUGUGUAGAACUAGUCGAGGUUAUUCCACAAAUGGAAUCCAGGAUCAUAUAUAAGCAGAUCUCUGGACACAUUGAUAGUUUUUUAAAAGUAAGAGCAAUAGAUUUGUCUACAGACAAAGUGAUCGUUGCCAGACAGAGAAGUACAUCUCAGAAAAUCAAACUAUGCGUUCCAGUAAGUCUUGUUUGUCAGAUGAAAAGAUUACAAAAUAACAACCUGUAUAGUGCAUUCAUAAAGUGUAUACACCUUUUCCACAUUUUGCAUUACAGCCUUAUUACAAAUUGUAUUCAAUUAAUCAAAUGUUUUUUAUUAGUCAGACGUAACAUUAAUCUAGACUAAGAAAUUAAAUACACCAUUUCAUUAGCUGUAAUCAUAUUAAUUAACAGAACGAAAAGUGUAAAAUCAUCACUCAGUGUGUAAUUAAUAUAUAUAAUGUGUUGUACUUUGUAAAUUGAUUCAGUGAAAUCAACAAACUUUUCAAUAAUAUUCCAAUGUAUUAAGAUGCCCCAAAGAUGUCUAGACAGACAGGACAAUAAAUCUCUCACCAGAGAGAGAAUUGGUCAAGAGCGACAACUCUUGACCAACAACAAGACAGAGAUAGAUUUCUUGAUUGACAAAGCAACAGGUAUCUUGUAGACAGAGUGAAAGAUGUCUUUACAGAAAGUUCAGUCGUUCUACCUUGAAAGACCUUUUGACAGACAAGAUGUCAGAUCUCUCAGCAAGCAAGAUUUAUCAACAGAACAAAAGAUCUCUUGACUGACACACUCAUGACUCUUUUGACUGACGGUUGUUUCAAUGACGGGAUGACGAAUGAAUCGCUCAAGAGCGAGAUUGAUCUUUUGACUUAAAACAAUCAAUCUUUUAACAGAUGAGGUGAUGAAUCUCUUUACUGACCAAGCAGUAGGUCUCUCACCAGAUAGUCACUGGAUCACUUGACCAACAGAGUGUCCGAUUUCUUGGCUGACAGAGCAAUAGAUUACUUGACAGAGAAGACAUCUCUCAAACUAUAACAGGUAGACUGAUAGAUCUCUCAAAAUAAACUGCAACAAAUCUUUCAACCAACACAUGUCUCAAGUGACAAAGUGAUAGAUCUCCUGACCAAUAGAUUAUUCUGUCUGACAGAGUGACAAAGUGAGAGAGAGAUCUCUUAACCAACAAAGCAAUAGAUCCCUGUCCUCACAGUGUGAUUGAGCUCUUGGCUGACAGGGAUUGAUAGCUAAACCAUCAGAGUGCUAGAGUGCUCACCCCAAAUCUUUUGACAGACAGUAACUGAUAUCUCACCAGACAGAGGAAUAGAUCCCUGGACAGGCAGAGCUACAGAUUUCACAUUUUGUCAAGCAAGUAAUAGAUCUCUGGACAGACAAAAUGAUAGAUCUCAUGACUGACAGAGGAUCAGAUCUCUCGACUGGCAGAUUUCAUAAUCAACUGAAAGAGCAAUAGAUGCCUCUGCUGACACACCAAUAGAUCUUUUGACAGAUUGAUUGAUCUCUCAAGCAACACAGGAAUAGCUCUUUCAACAGAAAAAGCAAUUGGAGAGAACUCUUGACCCCCAAUGACGUAAAUCUCCAAACAACUGGUGUGAUAGACUGUAUCACAGACAAAUAGAUCUCUCACCAGGUAGAUCAACAGAUCUCUUGACCAACAGAAAGUGAGAUCUCUCCACUGCCAGGGCUAUAGCCUCUCCACAAGCAGACAUUUGUAUAGAUUUCUCAUUAAUGGAGUGAUUGACCUCUUCACAGGCAGGGGAGUAGAUCUCUUGCACUACAAGCGAGUAAUCGCUACACAAAGAGCGAGAGACUAUUCAGCUGCUAAACUGACAGCAGGCAUGAUAUCAAAUAUUUUGUAAAAAGGGAGAAGUUGGAAUUCAAAUAUAAAAAGGCUUCUUAAGCUGAAAAUAUAUUUGAAUCCAUCCAUAUUUAGUGCAUUAUAUGUCUGUCCAUCUUUGACAGGUAAGCAUAAUGCAAUCUUCAUGCAAUGUCAUGAACUGGAACAGCAAAAAAUUAUAAAAAAUGCUUUUUUGUAUUCUCACAAAUACAAUAAGGGGUUUAAAGAAUCUCAUACUGUUUUCAGCGUAAAUCUGUUGUAGCAAACUCAGUUUCUGUAUAACCGCUUUAAGUAUUUUAGAUUUUAAACUAGAGAUGUCUCAAAAUUCAAUCAAAGGGGGUGAAAAAUCUCUUUUGCUUAGGGCCAAAUGGGGGUUUGGGAAUCAGAUGCAAAUUUUUCUAAACUCCAUCAGUGCCCACUCCACAUGAAAGUAAAAAGUAAGCAAUAAAAGACUUUAGGGUGGCGCUCUCCCAACACAACAGCACUUUGAGUGUUAACCUAUGUUGCUCAUAUCAAGAAUAGCCAUUGUACAAUACUGGAGGUUAGGACUUUUACUGGACCAUUUCAACUAUCAGACUGUGAGAUGGCAUGCCUAGUAAAUGUCAUUGCAGUUUUAUUUUUUAACCAUUUUGAAAUACUUUAGCAUCUUUUAUUGAGAUUAUUGUGCUAUUGACAUAUCACAUUUCACCAAGCUUGAAAAAAGUAAUUACCAACCCUGUUUCAUUGUCUGUUAGAAAAAAAAUGUGCAUCUUGGUUUUUAAAAGUCCAUCCUUAAAUCUAACAUACUUUAUUUUCAAAUAAUUGUGUACUCUUCAAAAGACCCGUUUCUUCCAAGCGACCAGACUUUAAGCAAUAUCCGGCAAAAAAUUCAUUGUGACAUGUUAUGAAUUUCGCCCCAUGAAAGAAGACAUUUCUAUGUGUGAUCUGAGAAACUGAGACAAGAUAUGGCCUGGCCCAUUUUUCAGCACUGAAGAGGAUUCUGCAACUUGAGGCUUUUUUAGAGAAACAUAAAAAAAGAUCUUUUUUUUUUUUUGCAGAUAUCAUUUCACUGGGAAUGUCUGCAAGUCUUACAUAUGAAUGGAAUAUGAGGUGUUCUAGGGACAGUGGCAUUCUGCACAGUUAGCAAAAGGCAUUGGCCUCUGUAAGUUAUAGUGGCCUUUUCCUGAUGCCAGCUGGAGCAGGGUGCUCUGCUACUUCGCAUUGAAUUUUUUCUGCCAUGUCCCCGGUUUGUAUUUUAGCUUUUAUUCCUUGGCGUGUCAUUGAACAACAGAGAAGAUUUAUUGGUGGGGCAAAACAAAAUAAGCAUGCACAUAACAUCAUGGACUUUAUCAGACUCUCCACAGUGUGCACAAGUUAUAAAUCAGUGUCAGAGUUGUGCAGACUCACCAAGCCCUUUUUUGCUGCAUAACUAGGGGCUGCAUCACAGACACACUGUGCUACUGGCUCGACGGUGAUGUGGAAUUACAAAUCAUAUGCAUGAAUCCUUUAUUAAAUUCCAACCUCAAAAGCAAAGCAUGCUAAAGGAUUUUCCUUAUUAAGGGCAAAAGAAAGAUUUAGUGUAAUUUAAUCAUUGUAACAUAUUGCUCAGAGACCUGAGAUUAAAAGAUAGUAAUCGCAUUCUGGUCAAGUAUUACAAGAAGAUAUGCUUGGCUCACAUCAGCAGGCAGUGCACAUCCCCUUAAGUCUGCAUUAACACAGAUAUCCAUAUGAUAGGCAAUGUUGCCAUGCUACACGCCCCUGUCAUAGUUUGUAAGCUCGCAGAGGAAUGAUCAACAACCUCGUCGGCUAUGUUUUUAUUGCUUGCAAUCUGCCUGCAAGUUUAUUAAGAUCCAAGCCAGGCUCCUUCAAUGGAGCAUGGGAAAACAACAACAACAAAAACAGCCACAGUGUACUGAUACAGCAAAUACUGGUUGAGCUGACGAAGGCUAGCAAGGCAUAAAGUCACAGAAAUCCCAAAAGAGUAGCGACAGCAGACUCCCUCAGCAGGAGUCCUGCGUACUUUGUCGCAUUUUUAGAGAGGAUUAGCCAUAAUGGUGAAAGAAAUAUGUUCACCAACAUAGAUGUUGUUGUAAACAGUAUCAUAAUCCACAACAAGUGGGGAAAACAACAUAACAAGGUCAAACCAAUGUCCAGAGGCUUAAUGCCCUGCCUCUGUUUAAAGCAAACAAGUUGUCGGUUAUAAAAAAAAAAGAGCUUAGUUAAGCAAACAAUAAUGAUUUAAACCAAUAUUCAAGUAUAUAAAUUUGCUUUACUACCAAUGAAUUACCUCCCUCCUCCUGUUUUUAUUGCUUGGCCCUUCAUUGAGCUCCUUGCAAAACUUGGCGGCACACACUUAGGCUCUUCCUACCCUGGAAACCAUUCAAGAGAGCCUUAGUCAUAAAAUCUUUUCUUGGAGCCACUCUAAAGGCAGACAUAAUCUUACUGUUUGAAUUUAAUCUCAAAGCACCUACUUUGGGGUUCACUUGCAGGCUUGGAAAGCAGCACAGAUUUAUGUGCAACGUGGCUAGGCAGCUGGAUGGACAGCAGGUUUGUUAUAUAGAUGAUGGCGUGAUACUUAGUUAUAAGUAUCUCAAGUGUGGCUUCAUGAAGAGGUCUGAAAUGUGUGCACAUUGUUGUGAUCCCUGGUUUAUGAAUGGUAUUUGCUGUCAAAUCCUUCAGUAGCUCAGCAUGUUUGAUGUUCUUUGCUGCAGACACAUUUGAGUCAUAGAAAAAGCUAUUUCUUUUGUAGAUCGGAUCAAAACCCUUGCAAUCCAGUUUGAGGUGGCCUUUGUGCUGUGUUUUAUUUUGUUGUCCAACAUUUGUGAAACGAUCAGCUUUCAAUGACCUACUUUAUGUUUUUGCACGGUUACACAUCACGUUUAAGCAGCCAACUAGGUCGAAUUGUUAUCUGCUGAAAACCCGCUGCACAUGAUUUGAUGGCUCAUAACAGGAAGUAAUAACUAUACGUCACAUAAGGUCAAAGGGGAAUCUGACAUCUGACAUUCCCCUUCCUGAAUCCUUAGGUUGUUUAGUGAAAAAAUGUUGUCUAGUGACCUGAAUUCACUAAUUCUCUCUGUUACAGAGGGUUGUGUGGCUCGUAAACAUUGACUUUAACAAUAGUUAUUGUAAUGUACAAUAAAAAAUAAUUCUAUUUG